AUGACGAAGUUAGGCUCACUGAUUUUAUGUCUAAUACAAUUUUUUGUCAACGAAACGCUUGUCUAUGGGAGUUUCUGUAAAACAGAUAAUGAUUGUGUAUUGAGUUACAGACAAUUCUGUUGCCGAAAUGAGCCGUUUUUAUCAAGGAAAAGAUGCAGAGCGAACUGUAUUGGGCAAUAUUGUACAAGUCACGCCGACUGUCGCCACGAUAAUGAAUGUUGUGGAAUCUUAAACCGUUGUACGACUUAUGGCUGUCGUAGCGAAUGUAAGACGAACGACGAUUGCAAGUCUGGGACUUAUUGCUGUCGGAAAAGGGAUAUAACAGAAAAAAGUGUUUGCUUGUCGAAAUGUAUCGGAGAAUAUUGCCGUUCCGAUACUGACUGUGGCGGCAAGCGAGAAUGCUGUAGUCGGUUAAAUCAUUGUACGACGCAUGGAUGCCGACACGAGUGUCUGUCAAGCAGAGAUUGCUCAAACAACACCGUCUGUUGUGUCAAAGGACAUGAUUUUGAUAAAAACAGCUGCAAGGCUACUUGUCUCGGUGAAGCGUGUAAAUCUGACCAAGAUUGUGGCAGAAUCGGGCUAUGUUGUGGUUCGGAUCAUUUUUGUACGGAUAAAUGCAAUACAAAGUCCAAAAGAUUUGGCGGUUGGAUUAUCGCGACUAUUGUUACAAGCGUUGGCUUCGCCGUCUUGUUGGUUAGUGCGCUGGGAUUCUUCUUUGUGCGAAGACAGAUGCAGAAACCCCCCGUGCGAAAUGCCGUGGUCGUAAUACAACCCCCCGUGAUGAAAGAUCCGACGUUACCAGCAAAUUCGAAACCUCAAAAUAGCUAUCGACGGCCACCCCCGCUCCCCCCGCCUCAGACUCGGAAUUUCCCACCGCCACAGACUCGAAAUUUACCACCGUCCCCUGAUAAGAAACUUAGCUCAAAGAAGCCCCCCUGUGUUCAACCUAAAUUACACCAAAACGUUUCACCCCCCUUUAAAACUCUUGGCAAAGAGCGACGAAAACCACCCUCGCCCCCCGCAACGAAACCCAAUGGAAUCCAACGAGACCUAACCCCCAGAAAAUACAAACCCCCACCACCCCGUCCCCCUGGUUUACCACAGAACAAAGAGCAAUGGGCUAAAAAUUCCGCCGUGACGUCAAGGACAUUAAGUAAAGAGCGACGACUUCCACCUCUUCCCCCGCCGUAA